AUGAUGACAACUCUACGGAUUGUAGUAGCAGUGAUCCUUUGGACCUUGUGUUCAAUCGAGGUCUCCUCCUCCCAAUCCUCAGUCUCGUUCCAAGCGUUUCCCAACAUUUCUGCGUGCCAUGACAAAUCAGGGACCGAAAAUUCUCUCAUUCCACUGUCACCCACAAGCACAUUCGAAGAAUGCCUGGAUCUAGCGGCAAACCGUUCGUGCUACUCGGUCUGCUGGUCCAAACAAGCAAAAGCCGACAAUUGCCAUUGUCACGUGACGCCCAUUUGGAUGCCUCUGCCAAACACUUCCGUGGAUUCCGCCGUUCUCGAUUGGCCCUGUACCAGCCCGAAGGAUUGCUCGUACAAUGGCAUUUGCCAUACUACUAGUAGUAGUAGUACUCCGAAAUGCCACUGCCAUGCCGGAUGGGAUGGAGUACGAUGCGGAGCACUGCAAUUCCUUCCCGUCGACAAGGACACUCCUGGAUUCCGUCAAGUCAAUGCCACGACAAGACACAAUAAUAUCAGUACGUGGGGAGCAUCCAUUCUAUGGGACCACCAAACGCAACAAUGGCACGGAUGGGUUUCGGAAAUCGUCAAUGAAUGUGGCAUUAAUGCGUGGAACGUAAAUUCGCAAAUUGUCCACAUUACCAGUCAUCAUGGCAGUCCAAGUGGUCCCUUUCAACGACAAGAUAUCUUUGCCACUCCCUUUGCACACGAACCCAGCGUCACGAGAGGACCUCGAGGCGAAUGGGUCAUGCUCUAUUCGGCAUACAACAACCUCACUCGUCACAUCACUCAUCAUCACGAAGGAUACAAUGCCAGCACGUGGCAACGAGUGGCGUGUACCAAUUGCAGUCAAGGAGCCAGUCUCUCUCCAGUGGGGAGCAAGGGAUGUCCCUUUCAACGAGGGCAACCCACGAAACUCAAUCAUCUCUACAUUCAAAUGAUGGCGAUUGCAUCCCACCCCAAUGGGCCUUGGAGACACGUCGAAAUACCCAAAUUGACCAUGCCGUGGGAUUGGAAUACUGCCAUGACCAUUCGCCCAAAUAGUGAAGAGGCCAUUGCCCUGAUUCGAGGUGGUAUGGUAUGGCACGCCCACCAAUACGAUGAUCCCCACAGUUGGCAUCCACUCAAUGGUCGUGCUGAUCCAGAUGAUGAUCACCAACCAUCUCCACACUGGCCAAUUCCCGUCGAAGAUCCAUACAUUUGGUACGAUGACACGAAUGGCGUCUACCAUGCACUGGCGCAUUGCUUUGACCCCUUUUUUGGAGUGCAUGCCUAUGCCGCCGACGACAAACACCACCACAACCAUUCUUCUUUGAAACUAUUGAAUUGGACCGUCACGGGAGUUGCCUAUGACAAUGUCGUUCACUUUACCGAUGGGACCCAGUACGCCUUUGGCCGUCGGGAACGACCCUUUUUGAUUUGGGGCAAAAUGGGACAACUCGUGGCUCUGUCCAAUGGAGUCGCCUAUGGGACACCCAAUCCAUUUGCUGUGGGCCAUGACAUGACAUUUACACUGAUAGCGCCCAUUGUGCAGCAACAACAAGAAGCAGUCACCAAGUGA